AUGGGUUCCGGAAAGGAAGCCUGUCGGAUCCUCUGCUGGACCCUAUUUCGGCAACGUGAUGCUAAAACUCACCCUCCUCAGUCCGAGAACACCAAGCGCAGCAUCGAGAUCGUUAGUCUCAUCAAAAGUCACCUUGAGGAAAACCCGCGUGUUUGCUUGUUUGUGGCCCAUCAAGGCUUUUAUGCCCAAUACUUUCCUUAUUCUCUCUUGAGGCAAUGGAGAGUCAAUACCUUGCUAGGAACCGGCCAAACCGAAUACUACUGCAACGACUGCAGCAACGGCCACUCAAUUUCAGAUCAAGAUUACUGGUUUCUCGCACACUUCCUUACCUGCAAUGACUUUUAUGGCGCAUACCUAAGUCCUCAGCAUUUAAGGACUCUCUAUUUUGACUAUUGUCUCAGUGUGCCUUUCCAGCUUGCGCGCAAGGUUAUGGAUGCCCAUCGCAGUGGUUCCCCUCAUGAUUAUCCGGCUGAGCUGCUGGUACCUCGCUGGCCAUUGAAAAGCUCUUGCCGUAAUGUGAAUUAUGUCAAAUCAUGGAAUGCCCGGAUUGUCGACGAUCAACUGGCACUGUAUUCUCAAACUAUCUUGACCCUUGACGGUACUAGGAAGCCGGCAGAGUAUUUCGACAUGGGCCUGCUCUCCAUCUGCCGCCAUGUAAAUACUGGUCGGUUGAUGCUUGGCAAUCAGGAUUCCCCUUCGGAAGAUGCCUUUUCGAGACUUCAUGGAACAAUCCUGUCUUGUCCUAUAUGCCUGACAGACUAUUAUAUUAAUAUACUUUGGCAACGCGGGAAAUGGAAGCUGGGAGUCUAUGCCUAUCACAUUCUCAACACAUCCCGGCUGCCAGCAGAUUGGUCCUGGGACACUAUGGCAUAUUGUCCCGAAGAAGCCCGUGCGUCACCACGAAUCAGAAAGAUGUCAAAUAUUCCGCCAGGAAGGGCGGUUCGUUUGUGGGAUACAGCACAAGGCAUGGCCCCUGACAUGAGGCCUGAUGGGGAAUGGGCACCUCAACCUGAGUCUCACAAAGAUACUCGUUACAUGAACCGGCUUGUUUAUUUACAUUAG